CAGUAAGCGCGCGUCCGAGAGGGGACGGGAAGCAAACGAGGGGCGGACCGACCCAACCGACGGACGCGCGCGCGGAGCCACCGAAGAACGGCAGGCGGAGGAAAAACCGAACGACCACGAAGCGACGCCGCGAUGGACGGAGGCGGUUUGUGAGUAAAAAAACCCCAAAAAACAACAACAAAAAAACAACCACACCGCGGCACUGCGGUUCUCCCGCAGCCGAGAAGCGAGCUCGAGUCGAGCGGGGGAAAGCCAGCUCCAAUCCGCGGGGGAUUAUCAUCCCUUCGAGGGGAGGCAGCCCCGGACUCGGGGGGGCUGGAGACCGGAGCGCCAAUCCCGGAUGGCUAGGCGCGGCUGCUCUCGCUCUCCCCCGCCCUGACCCGCACCGUGGACGGCGAGAGAGGGACUGGGGCGGGCGGGGGAAGACGAGCUCCAGGGGACGUCGGAGGCCGCCAGUCGGCGUUCCCGCUCUCCGCCUGUUCGGAUCCCCGGCCUGUUUCCGCUCGUAAACAAACACGAGUGGGACAUCUUCAUCCGUCAUCGUCAUCCCCACACUUGUGCCAUGGCUGAAGGUCCACGCGUCAGUGUGGAAUGUAGCAGGACGGUGUAGUGACACACACACACACACACACACACACACACACACACACACACACACACAAGUAAAAACACACACUAGUUGGCAGCCAUGCCAGUCUUCAGUGGCCUCCUCAAGGUGCGGGUGUGCGAGGCGGUGGACCUCAAGCCCACCCCCUGGGCCCUGCGUCACGCCGUGGGCAAGAGCGGCUCCUUCCUGCUGGACCCCUACCUGGCCCUCAACCUGGACCAGACCCGGCUGGGCCAGACGGCCACCCGCACCAAGACCAACAGCCCCGCCUGGCACCAGGAGUUCUGCACCGAGGUCCGCGAGGGACGCAGCCUGGAGCUGUCCGUCUUCCACGACGCGCCCAUCGGCUACGACGACUUCGUGGCCAACUGCACCAUCCAGCUGGAGGACCUGCUGCAGAACGGGACCCGGCACUACGAGGACUGGAUCGACUUGGAGCCGGAGGGGAAGGUGUACGUGGUCAUCGAUUUGUCCGGAUCGUCUACUGAGGCCUCGGGAGCCAACGACAAUGAGGAGCGCGUCUUCCGAGAACGCAUCGGUCCCCGGCGGCGCCAGGGGGCGGUGCGGAGGCGCGUCCAUCAAGUCAACGGACACAAGUUCAUGGCCACCUAUCUGAGACAGCCCACCUACUGCUCACACUGCAGAGACUUCAUAUGGGGCGUCCUGGGGAAGCAAGGCUACCAGUGUCAGGUCUGCACGUGCGUGGUGCACAAGCGCUGCCAUGAGCUCAUCAUCACCAAGUGUGCGGGCAUGAAGAAGCAAGAGGACACGCCAGAGGAGGUGGGCUCGCAGCGCUUCAGCGUGAACAUGCCCCACAAGUUCAGCAUCCACAGCUACAAGGUGCCCACCUUCUGUGACCACUGUGGCUCGCUGCUGUGGGGGCUCUUGAGGCAGGGCCUGCAGUGCAAAGUGUGUAAGAUGAACGUGCACAGGCGCUGCGAAAGCAACGUGGCUCCGAACUGCGGCGUGGACGCCCGAGGCAUCGCCAAGGUCCUGUCCGACCUGGGGGUCACGCCCGACAAAAUCUCCAAUACGGCGCAGCGUCGCAGGAAGUUGACCCCCGGGCAGGACCCUCCUCAGUCUCCUCCUGAGCUGUCGCAGUCGGAGAACAGCUUCAGCCGAGCAGCUGUCCCCACCUCGCCCUCCCAGCAGGACUUGGCAGAGUUGGAUCGCCUGCAGGACGCACUGUCACUGGACCAGCAGGGACCCCAGCACUCCUCUUCCUCCGCCUCCUCCACCAACUCCUCCUCCUCCUCCUCGUCCACCGCCUCCUCCUCGGGGGUCCGGGAGAACGGGCAGAGCCAGAGGAGGACCCUCAAGGACUUCAACCUGAUCAAGGUUCUCGGCAAAGGCAGCUUCGGCAAGGUGAUGCUCGCCGAGCUGAAGGGGACGGAGGAGGUUUAUGCCGUCAAGGUCCUGAAGAAAGACGUGAUCCUGCAGGACGACGACGUGGACUGCACCAUGACCGAGAAGCGGAUCCUGGCUCUGGCCCGCCGACACCCCUACCUCACCCAGCUGUACUGCUGCUUCCAGACCCGAGACCGCUUGUUCUUCGUCAUGGAAUACGUGAACGGAGGAGACCUGAUGUUCCAGAUUCAGCGCUCCCGCAAGUUCGACGAGCCUCGCUCUCGAUUCUACGCCGCCGAGGUCACCUCGGCGCUCAUGUUCCUGCACCGCAAUGGAGUCAUAUACAGGGAUCUGAAGCUGGACAACAUCCUGCUGGACGCCGAGGGUCACUGCAAGCUGGCCGACUUUGGGAUGUGUAAGGAGGGCAUCAUGAACGGGGUGACCACCACCACUUUCUGUGGCACACCCGACUACAUCGCCCCCGAGAUCCUGCAGGAACUGGAGUACGGCGCCUCGGUGGACUGGUGGGCCCUGGGGGUCCUGAUGUACGAGAUGAUGGCCGGGCAGCCCCCCUUCGAGGCCGACAACGAGGACGACCUGUUCGAGUCCAUCCUCCACGACGAUGUCCUCUACCCCGUGUGGCUCAGCAAGGAGGCCGUGUCCAUCCUCAGAGCGUUUAUGACCAAGAACCCGGCCAAGCGUCUGGGCUGCGUGGUGAGCCAAGGCUGCGAGGACGCCAUCAAGACGCACGCCUUCUUCCGAGAGAUCGACUGGCUGCUGCUGGAGCAGAGGAAAGUCCGACCCCCGUUUAAACCCAGAAUUAAGACCAAGCGAGACGUGAAUAACUUCGACCAGGACUUCACCAAGGAGGACCCCGUCCUGACGCCCACUGACGAGACCAUCAUACGGCAGAUCAACCAGGAGGAGUUCAAAGACUUCUCCUAUUGCGCCCCCGAGGAGACGCACACCUGA